UGAGCGUGAAGGUGCAAAGUGACUUUGUCUGUCUGGAGGUCCAGGGCAGCCUUCCGCCUGCGCUCCUCCCGGCCAGUGCAGAGCUGCAGCGGCGUCUCCUACUGUACAGCGCUACCCAAGUCCAUCAGCUCCAAAGAGUUACCAUGUGGAAGUCGGUAGUGGGACAUGGUGUCGAUAUGAAGGUGACCACGGAGGGGGACGACUGGGAGACAGACCCCAACUUUGAGAAUGACGUGUCGGAGCAGGAGCAGAGAUGGGGCGCCAAAACCAUCGAGGGGUCGGGCCGAAAAGAGCACAUCAGUGUUGCUGAGCUCCGGCAGAAGGUGGCCUCUGAACAUGAGCAGGUGAAGAAGAAGGAGCUGGACGAGGGACCCAAGGCCUCCUUCGGGUACGGAGGGAAGUUCGGGGUGGAGAAGGACCGCAUGGACAAGGUGGCCAUGGGCCACACUUACGUGGCGGAGGUGGAGAAGCACUCGUCCCAGACAGACGCGGCACGUGGGUUCGGGGGGAAGUUCGGCGUGCAGAAGGAUCGCAUCGACAGAUCAGCGGUUGGUUUCGAGUACAAGGGAGCAGUGGAGCAGCAUGCCUCCCAGAAAGACUACGCUAAAGGUUUCGGGGGCAAGUAUGGCGUGGAAAAGGAGAAGAUGGACAAAGCUGCCCUGGGUUAUGAUUACAAGGGGGAGUCAGAGAAACACCAGUCUCAGAAAGACUACGCAAAGGGCUUCGGUGGGAAGUACGGAGUCGAGAAAGAGAAGGUGGACAAGGCUGCCGUGGGUUAUGACUAUAGGGGAGAGACGGAGAAACACCAGUCUCAGAAAGACUACGCCAAGGGCUUCGGCGGCCGCUACGGGGUGGAGACGGAUCGCAUGGACAAGAACGCGGCAGCCUUUACCGCAAUGGAGGCCCCAACAUCGUCGUACAAGAAGACCCAGCCGUCGGAGGCCUCAAGUCUUGGGGCAGGAAAUCUGAAGGCACGCUUCGAAAAUAUGGCGCGAGCAUCAGAUGACGAAAACAAGAAACGGGCGGAGGAGGAGAGAGCCAGGAGAGAGGCGCGGGAGGCGCGGGAGCGGGAGGAGGCUCAGAGGAGGCAGCAGGAGCAGGAAAAUGCAAAGCAGGAGGUGCAGCAGCCCCCCGUGGCUCCGGAGCCCAGAGAGACCCCCCCACUGCCCAGGAGAUUGCCUGAACCUCCCAGAGAGGAGCCAGACCCAGUGGCGAAGGAGGAAAUGCCCGAGAAGGAGGAGGAGGUAGACUAUGACGCACCCCCUGCCCUGCCUCCUCGCCCUGCUGACCUGCUGGAGGAUGACUAUGCAGUGCUUCAGGAGGAGCCGGAAGAAACCCCCCAGCCAAAAGAGGAAGGAACCUAUGAGGACAUUUCUGUUCCUGUACAAGAUAACGACUACGAAGACCUGACUUGUGGCCAGUCAGCUGUGGCUCUCUAUGACUAUCAAGGGGAGGGAGAAGACGAGAUCUCCUUUGACCCAGAUGACAUCAUAACGAACAUCGAGAUGGUGGACGAGGCCUGGUGGAGAGGACACUGCCGCGGUCACUUUGGCCUUUUUCCUGCCUCCUUUGUGCAGCUGAUGCAGUGAGCGCCCAGGCACCAUUUUCACAGACGCCGUGGUGUCUUACUCAGCUUUCCAUACCGCCCCGCAGCUGUAUCUGCACUCUGCCCACAAUCAGUAAAGUCUAACUCCACCCAUUUGUUUGUUCCCGUCGUGAGUCCCGCCCUCAUAUGCCAAAUGCCACACCGGGAUUGGCUGAGCUAUGACAGCACUUUGAAGAUGACUGUAAUACUCACUGCUUAUUAGGUAACAGCCUUGUCCCUGUUUUUGUGAUUCAGAAAGAUUAGCUUUACUGUGGACUCACUGUGUAACCAACUAUGCAACUAACUUUUCUGAUAAAAGAAAGAGAAUAAAAUGUAUACAUUUAUAUUAAACUUAUAAUGUACCUCAGUAAUAUUAUGCAAUUUGGGGGAAAAUGUGCAAACCAAUAUUAAAUUCCUCUUGACAGAUUUUUUUUUAAUCAGCUCAAGUUUUCAGACAGUAUUUAUAACAUCACCAAUUCAUACAAUCAUCAUGACACAUUAAGUCUGUGUACUGUAGGCCACACAACGGAAAGACUGAUUGUGAUGUUUAUGUCGUUUUUUUUUCUGUUCGAUGUUGUCUGUCUUUAACAUGCUGCAAUGUCUUUGCCCUCGGAGAGCAUGAGGGUUGGCUUUCAUUUUAAGCCAUUUCUAAAAAAAAAAAACCUGGUCAUCUCGCUUUCU